AUGGCGUCCUCACAAUCUUCACAGAAUGUGGAGUUGGAGGCGGCUAAGUUUUUACACAAACUCAUUCAAGAUUCUAAAGAUGAGCCGGCAAAACUGGCUACAAAACUCUAUGUGAUAUUGCAACACAUGAAAUCAAGCGGGAAGGAACAUUCAAUGCCGUAUCAAGUAAUAUCGAGGGCCAUGGAGACUGUCAUCAAUCAACAUGGUCUUGAUAUUGAAGCUUUGAGGUCAUCACGGCUUCCUUUGACCAGUGGAACUCAAAUAGGGGAUUCUUCGACUGCACAAUAUGGAGGAUCUUCACAAGCAGUUGGAGUUGUGAAAGACUCUAAAGAAAGAUUGGCUGAAAAUGAGAUAUCCAAAAUUGACCCCUUUGCUUCCAGCAGGCCCCCUGUGGGCCCAAGUAGCGCUGGCCAUGAUUACUAUCAAGGAUCUGGAACUCAAAGAAGCAGUCAGUCGUUUGAUCAUGAAAGUCCUUCUAGUUUGGACACUAGGUCUGCAAAUUCACAAUCCCAAGAUAGAGGAGCAAAUCAAAAGGAUAGUAAAAAGGCUGCUGCUAAGAGGAAGAGGGGUGAUUCAUCUUUACACUCGGAAAUGCAUGGUGACAACCCCCAGCAACUUGAUCCUCGCAAUCCCAUGGUUAAUCCAAGGAAGGUGAAAAUGAACAAGGUUGACUCAACGGGGGGUUAUCCAGUUAGAGCUGGUGAAAACACCAAUUUUAAUAAGGUUCCUAGUAGCGGUCAGGUGGAAGUUUCGUCUUCUUAUGUGUCUGCAGGACAACAGCAAGGGGGUCUCUUCCAUCUGCACAUGAAAGUCUCACUUCCAGGGGUAUGUGGAAUCAAAAUAAAGCAGGGUUACCCCUUGAAAGAUCUCAAGUUCCAAGGUGCAUUUAGCAAGGUUCAUGGAGGGAUGUCUGUCACUUCAUAUCCAUCAGGGCCCAUGGGGGAGCUAGGAUUUGCAGGUCCAGUGCAAUACGGUGGUUCUGAACAUCAGAAGCAUGGAUUGGCAAAGGGUGCUGUGGCUAGUUCUGCUGAGAAAACCUCAGAGGGCCAUUUUUUUGCUGCUAACCGUGGGGAUGACUUUCCCACUUCUCUUUCAACUGGAAAGAUUUUAGAAAAUGAUGGAGGAAGUUCAAACAUGUUUGCAGAGGCAAAUAAAAUUGUCCAGGGUGGCAGGCAAACUAGUAAUUCAGAAUUGACAAUGAUUAGAUCAACAGCUCCUAGAGAUGUGGGAAAAUCUCCUGUUUCCCAGGGUUCUGUCUCGUCUGGCGUGCCUUUUAAUGAACAACAGCUGAGACAGCUAAGAGCUCAAAAUGGGUUGAUGCCAAAGAAACUUCAUCUGGAUAUAGCACUUGGAAAUGUCGUUUCAAGAGAUGGUAAGAACUCAUGA